AUGGUGAAUGAGCAUUUGGAGUAUGUGUUUGUGGCAUUAGGACUAUUGGUGUUUCUUUUGUACCAUAUGUGGCUUCUCUUCACUAUUCUUGGUGAACCUCGUCGAACUAUCAUUGGCUUAAACGCUGAGUCUCGUCAUCAAUGGGUUUAUGCCAUGAUGAGUGAUCCCUUCAAGAAUGGCGUUUUGGCGGUCCAAACAAUCCGCAACAAUAUCAUGGCAUCGACUCUUCUAGCUACAACAGCAAUCACUUUAAGUUCACUGAUCGGUAUUGUCACUAGCAAUCCGUGGAGUUCUGACGACACGUCUUCCAUACUUGACAAUACUCGUACAAUCAAACGUAUUUCCAUUACAAUCUGCUUCCUUGUUGCGUUUUUAUGCAAUAUUCAGUCUAUAAGAUGCUACUGUCAUGUCAGCUUCUUAAUCACCGCGCCUACACUUCGAGAUAAAGAGGCGUAUAUGGAAUAUAUUGGUAAGGUCAUGAAUCGCGCUAGUUACUCUUGGUCACUUGGAUUGCGAGCAUUUUACUUGUCAUUUCCUCUCUUCCUAUGGAUUUAUGGACCUAUACCGAUGUUUGCUUGUUCCUGCUUGACAUCAUUCGGUUUGUACUUUUUGGACACUACUGCUAGAAUCACAAGGGAUCUUCACACUAAUUCGUUCACCAAGGAGAGUAAUGAUGUAGAAUCUGCUGUGGAGACUGAUUAUCAUCUUUUAGCCGGUAACGAUUUAGCUCAAAAUGCAGCUCUAGAUAAUGUGUCUAUACAAAUUGCUUAG